AUGAUUUCCCUCUCGGGGACCCGGAAUCCAUUGAGAUGUGGCCCAAGAUUUUGUUUGCGGGAGCUUGGCGGUCGCGAAGGUUCGGGGAAUGCCAACUAAUUAUCCACCAGUCCUGGCCAGCCCAAUGUUGGGCUCGGGAUCAACGUCUUCGCUUUCCUGGCGUAGCCAGGACCUGCCUAAUUGACUGGACACUUGACGCUAUGUUGGUUCGGAAACUUCCAGAUGCCUUCGAAGAUCUCCAGACAUCGCAGAAAAGACCCCCACGAAUCCCCUCUUAGGUCACGACCUUGUGCUUGCACCCUCACCACUGGUUCUACGUCCACGGAGUCCGCGUCCACAACAAGGCGGGAUGCUUCAUGGGCGGUACCGCGGUGACGAUGGCCGACGGGACACGGCGGCAGCUCCAGGACGUCGCCGUGGGGGACCGGGUCGCCUCCUGGGACGAGGAGGCGCAGCAGCCGGCCGCGUCCACGGUGCGCGCGGUGCCGACCUACCGGCGCAGCAGGGACGAGCUGGUGGAGAUAUCCUUGCCGUCGUCGACCCUGCGCGCGACAGCCGACCACCCCUUCUGGAGCAGAGCGCGCCGCACGCUCGUCUCGAAGCACCCGAACGGCACCAGGGACCAGUACGAGCUAGACGCCGAGCUGAUGAGCGACACGGAGGAGUUCGAGGACGAGCGCCAGGAGGCGGUUGCCGCCGCCAGCGUGCGGCGGCUGCAGCCCCGCCGCCUGGGGCUCGCGCUCGCGGAGGGCGGCGAGGUCGAGGUCAUGACCCUCUGCCUCGGGCCGCACCACUGGUUCUACGCCGAGGGUGUGCGCGUGCACAACAAGGGCUGCUUCGCUCCUUGGACGCCCGUCGUGAUGGGGGACGGCACGCAGAGGCCCAUCGCGCAGGUGCGCGAGGGCGACAGGGUAGUUUCCUGGGACAGCGAGCGCGGCGUGACCUCGACCGCUGAGGUGCUGGGCCUGGAGGCCUGGCCUGCCGGGGAGCUGAUGGAGGUCAGCCUUGGUCCCACCGGGGUUGCCCAGGCAAGGCUUCUGGAGGCGGUUUCGCAGAGCGACGAGUCUGAGUCGCUCGUGGUCACGCCGGACCACCCUCUCUACAGCGUGCGGCACGGGGGCCUCGUCUCCAUGCGGCCAGACCACACGAAGGAACGAUACGCCCUCUCCGCUGCGCAGAUGCAGACGAGGGAAUUGCUGCACCACCACCUCAACGGCACGGUCGCAGCUGAGGUCCGAGGCGUUUGGAAGGGUUUGGUGCCGGACAAAGUGAUCACAUUGCGGCUUGACCGGCACCACUGGUUUUACGCACAGGGCGUCCGGGUGCACAACAAGGGGAGCAGCAGCGGCUCCAGUGGUGGCAGAUCCAGCGGUGGUAUUUUCGGCGGGGGGGGCGUCACGACGCGCAGCAGGGCUACCAUGGGCGUCGCCGCCUACAUGAGUUUCAUCCUCAUGAGCGGCGGGAGCCGGCGCCGCUACGGCACGUACAAUCAGGAGGACGGCAGAGACGGGGUGCAGUGCACGAUGAAAUCCGAGGCAGAGGUCGAAGCGGCUUGCAUGAACCUGAUCGGGGGCAAUUACACUAAUUACACUAACUACACCGAGGACUACUGCUUCCCGUGCAUCGCAUGCGAAAGCACAGCUUGUGUUGAAGGCAUCACCGCGACUGAUGGGUACGAUUGCACGGAUUUCCUGGGAGAGGCGUUCUCGGAGUGUACCGAAGAGGAGGACGGCGACUUCACAUGGUUGCUUGUUGUUGUUGGAAUCAUAGUCGGCAUGUGUUGCUGUGUCGCGUGUUUCAAGAACAGUCAGGGGAUCCAGCGUCAGCUGAACUCUGGGUUAGGAGGAGCGGCAUCCCAGCUGGAACGCAAACAGGCGAGUCGGGAGACGAUGCCAGCCUUCAACGGGCCUCGCCUUGGCCGGCUAUUCCUCAGUGGCAAGUAUUGCGAGAAUCGCGAUGAGAAGCCCACCUCGUAUACGCUAUGGCGGAUCACGCCGGGCGGUACGUUCUCCGGCUCGUCGACGGACGACGACGGUACGGCCGUGGUACAAGGCAAGAUCUACAUCCUUAACGGUGAGACCGAUGGCAAUAUCGCGUGGUGCGAGACGAGGCAAAAUGUCCACAUCGAGGCAAGUGGAAUCAUCGACGUCGCGUACGGGCGAGUAGUUGUGCGGGCUUCCUACGUCUCUAGCUUCCAGGGCACGCAGGGCAGCGUCGAAGUCUCAGAUACGACCUCAGGUUUUGGUUUGCAGCAGGGCCAGGUGAUCAACGGCCAGCCCUGUGCGGGUGCCCUGCAUAGCACCGGGCAUCUUGGCAACGCACAGGUCGUGCCAUCUGUCGUCGGCCAGGUGGUGGGGAUCCCCACGGAGAGCCCGCCCACAGGGGGCGCGUGGAGGGGCCUUCAGAACAGAGCGGCGCACCAGGGCGAAGGCAAGAAAAGUUGAGCUCUGGCGAGCAAGCCACAAGCGAUUGCAUUCUCAGAGCGCAUAGAUUGAUCCUCGUUGGUGGGCAGCCCCGCUACCAAGCAAUCCAUGCCAGACUGGCUGGCAGAUGGAGAGGAUGAAGGAAGGUUGGCGGCUAGCAUGACGUUGCGCGGUGUGGUAGCUUACCCAGACCUCAAACGUCCGAAGAAAUUGAAUGCGACAGUUUUUCUUAGAUUCAGGCCUGUGGGAGCCCUCGCUGGGCCUCAGCAUUGUCAAAAACGAGUUAGGAUCGCGCCGCCAAAACGGAUUGGACGUCCGCCUUCAAAUUGCCUCGCCCAGAUUGCCAGGGCACCCUGGUGUCGGGCAAAGAGUCAGACCCCCCCCCCAAGAUUUAAGAGUCGCAAGAGACAGCAAGAUGGCAUGGGAGGUUCCCAUGAGUUGCCACCGAAGGCGGAGGUCGAGGUUCGCCCUCCGAGUUUCACUGUUGUUUCUCACUGCUCUGCGCCGCAGGGCCAGCGUGGCGGCACAGUCUCCGCCCCGGAGCCUGCCUCCAGCCCCUGCGGGCAUUGGCGAGAUGCCCCCCUCUUGUCACUUGUCGGUGGCGAGCGAGGGGGGAAGUGAGAAGGAGAAGGCCUUCUCAGAAGGCGGCGGGGCUUCUCAGAAGCCCUCGCGCCUUCUGAGAAAGUUUCUGUGUCUUCGGGGAAGGCUUAGGAAACUUCUCAGGAGGCUGGGGAACUCCCGAGCCUUCUGAGAAGGCCCGCCCCUUCUCACUUCCCCCCCUGGCCCGCCGCCUGACUUGUCCCCUCGGUCAUCUCGAUUUGCCUCCUGAUGCUCUGGUGCUCUUGCCGCUGCUUGCGUUCGCGGUCUCGGCACCGACGGCGACGGGUCUCCGCCCGCCCACCUGCGGCGUUGCGGGCAUCGGCGAGGGAGGAGGGAGGAACUGGAUGUCUGCGGCACAGUCUCCGCCCCGAUGCACGCCCCUGUGAUCAUCUGGUUGGGCGUACCCCACCUUGCACUUUCGGUCGCCCACGGGCUUUUGCUGCUCCUCCUCCUCCUCCCUCUCCUCCUGUUCCCCCCGGCUCUGUGCCUCUCUCCCCCUCAACCCCCAUCCCUCCCUGUCGAGCUGUUGCGGGGAUGGGCAUUUGUCUUGCGGGCGGGGGGUCCCUCCAACCUCUGGCAACUGCUGCGGCGUUUCCUUCUGCACGGCAUCCUCCCGCUUCUCAUACGUCCUCUUCAUCAUUUGAAGAAGCAAAUUUCUUGGAUCGGCGCAGGAUUGCCGUGGCGGCGCUUCCAGCUCCGCCCCUGGCGCGCUCAGCGCAUUGGCGAGGGAUGCAUCAGCGCUGGUCCAAGAGAUCUGCAUGGACCGAAAGCCUAUAGGUCACCCGCGGGGGGGCGCGUAAGCAGUCGUGCUUCGCGCGUCGCGGUCUGGGACAGAGCGGCUUCACUUCUCCAAGGCGUGCGGCGUGGGGGCACGAGGGCGCGAAGAGAGUCGAGCG